CCGUUUUAUGUGAAGUGUACAUAAUUUGUUUAUAUAUGUGUUCGUGUAAAAUGUUUAUCUAAAUAAGCAUUAACGUCAAAUCAUACGAUCAAUUGAAUGAAAUGGCGAUGUUUGUUAGGAGUUGUAGAAUAAAUACGUAUUUUAUCCAAAAAUGUAAUUGAUGUGUCCUUAAAAAUACGUAUAUUUUGAAGAAAACAAUUUUGUAGUAAUUAAUAGUAAGGAAAAAUUGGUUUUGUGUCUUUAGGUUAUGUUUCCAACCUUCAUUGGCAUAUUAGAUAUUCAAUCAUGGUGGGAGGUUCCAAGCAUUGCACACUUUUGUUUUCUUUUUCGACAAGUAUUUGAUCUACUUGAAUUUGAUAUUGAGGAUUUAGAAUUAAGUCUUCUGGAUGAUUCUGAAGAAGAUGGACCAGAUCAAUUACUCCCCGUACUUAUCGCCAAGUUGCUUAAUGGCUGUUUACCCACAGAAGAUAUUUCUACCCACAAUUAUCAAAUGUACUUGAGAAGACUCUUCAGAACCAAAUGUGAAGAACAAAAUCGACACAACCCUUUUAACUCAGAUAUAGAUUUUAAGUUUCUACCGCUGAGAAGCAAGGUUGAAGCACUGCAUGCAUUGUGUGAUUUUCGUCUUGAGGCAGAAGACGUUUUGGACUUGAUUAAACAUAUAAACCCUGAUAAAUUAAGAGUGGAUCCACUAGGAUAUGACAAAAAUGGCUCGUCAUAUUGGUAUUUUUAUGGAACUCGUCUGUACAGAGAGGACCAUCCAAAAUCGAAGCCAAAAAAACAGAAAUCACAAUCAACGGUAAACAGUAUUUGGCAAGUGGUGUGCUUCACAGAAAAGGAUUGGGUGAAUCUGGUACAAAAAUUUGAGGAUUCUAAACAUAAUUCUGAUGUUUUGCUAUAUAAUAUAUUGGUCGAACAAUUUUUGCCAGAACUUCCAAAGUGGUUCAAACUCAAAGAGAAUUUACAAAGAACAAGAGCACUCAGCUCUAAGCCUAGAAGAAUAUCCAAUACAGAGAGUGAUUGUGAACAAAUAGUUUAUAAUAAUAUUAUUGAUAAUAGAAGAAAAAACUGCUUAAAAAUGUCUUCCUCAAAGAAUAAAAUAACAACUGGUCGUCAGACUAACAACUCUCUUGCUUCAGCCACGGGACAAAUACUCAUUCAAUCGAACAAAAAUCGAGCUGCAGUUGUCCAAACAGUGGACAAGGAUAUUUCUGCCCAUUUACACAGAUACUGCCAAACCGAUGAAGACUUGCAAACGGGAAUGUAUAAAAUAUUGGAACAUCUCAAGAGUCAUGAUGAUGCUUGGCCUUUUAUUGAUCCUGUAGAAGAAGAGUAUGCACCAAAUUAUUAUACAAUUAUACGCAGACCUAUGGAUCUGCAGCGUAUGGAGGAUAAAUUGGAUGCUGGAAAAUACUCAAAGUUUUCAGAAUUCAAAGCGGACUUUCAACUUCUUGUAAACAAUUGUAAAUUGUACAAUGGGCAAGAUAAUGAGUAUACAGAGAUGGUUGAUAAUCUGCAGCAAGCAUUUGUCAAGGCUACAAAUAGAUUUUUAGAUCAAUCAUCUUCAGACGAGGAAACAGAUUUUCCUAUAAUACCUAUACCUCCAGCGCCGACACGAGGACGACCAAAACUUAAGGAAAAUGCUGCAAAAGAAAAGCCUGCUAAAGUCAGCAGCAAGACCUCAUCAAAGCCAUCGAAGAUAGAGGUGGCUUCACCAACGUCCAAAAAACGAAAACGCUCUCCUGAUGAUUCUCCAAAGAGCAAGAAAAAGAAGAUUGUGAAAGAAACAAAGGAAGUGAAACAUUCCUCCAAAUUAAAGAAGAAAAAUAAGAAGCUGAAGCGUGUUAAAAGUGAUGUGUCAAAGCCUAAAUAUGAAAGUUUCGAUGAAAAAGAAAGUGAUAUUGAAGAAAAACAUAUCAAAGAAGAACCAUCACCACCAAAAAGCAAGUCUAAAAAGGAGAAAAGUGUUCUGCCAGAAGAGAAGACUCCUAAAUCUAGCAAAAAGUCCAAGAAGAAUAAAACAAGAGGCGUUGGACGACCUAGUAAGAAGAAAAAUAAAAAUAAGAAGAAACACAGCAAGAAUUCAGAUGAGUCUAAACCAAAAGAGAAGAAAACAGCAAGUAUUAAAGAAAAAAUUGCUGAUGUGGACAGUGAAGAUGGCAUAAGCAGUAGGAGUAGAAGUCCUUCUCCUUUGCUUUCAUACUCAGAAGAAUCAGAUAGUGAAAAGUUUAAAAUAGACUAUAAAGACAACAAAGACAAUAAUAAAGAAAGUAUUAACAAGCAUCCCAAGCAUAAGUGGAAAGACUCUUCUAUGGACACAGAAGACAAAUUCGAUAAAAUGAUUGGUAUGGAUAAAGACAAAUCGAAUACACCAAAUAAAUCAAAAACAGUGCAUAGUGAUAAAAAUUCAGUGCUUAAUGACAAAAGUGAAAAAGACAAAAAGAAAAAUUUGAGUGCUAAAGAAAAGAACUUAAUGUUGAGUGACACUAUAGAAAAAUUGCGUGCAAAGAAUAAGAAAAGUAAAGAGAAUUCUAUGCGUUUUGAUGAAAUCUUUGGCAAACCGAAAGACAAGAAGGUCGAAGAGACUCCACCAAAUGAUGAGUAUGAAUUUGUUGAUGAUUCAGUCAGUAAGAAAAGUAGCAAUAACAAAAAAACAAAUUCCAAAACUAAGAAGAAGGUCCCUAAUAAUGAUACAUCAAUGGAUGCUUUGGACGCCGAGACCGAGCAGACGCUGAAAGAUAUGGACAAGUGGUUUACAGAAAGUGAGAUUCAAAACACAUCACAAGAUAAAACAAAAACAAAAACGAAUCCCGCUGAUACUGUACCAGGCUUCAAGAAGCCUGACAAGGAUGUCAAAACUGUGGAUAAGAGUUGUGUUAAGAAAGAUGGUAAAGAUGUUGUGAAACGUAAGUUUUUGAGGGAUUCUUUGAAGCAACUUUUUAAUAAAAAACGUGAGAUGCAACGGACAAUAGACAGGCUGCAGCCUGGUAAAACUAAAGGAAAUUUGAUAAACACCGUCAGUGCACAACCGGUAACAAAAGUGCCAGUGGUGGAAUCAACAUCUCCGACCUUGAAAACAAAAGAGACCAAAGAGGAAUCUUUGCAGGAAGUCUCUGAUACUUGUCCCAAGCUCAGUUUGGGGACUGUGCUUCCAACAGAAGGUUUUGGAUUAGUCCAGCAACACAAUUUCAAUGACGAAGGGCGCAAGCAAAAGAAAACUUCACCUGAAAAGUCAGAAAAAAGUGAGAAAGAAGACAAUACACAAGUGAACGAAAUUACAUCACUAAGGUCGUCGGAGGAGGAUGAAAUUUUUGAACGCCCUUUCAAAGCUUGCCAAGAAAAGGCAACGCCGAAUUUGAGUGCUUGGUUUAAGGCGUUUGGAGCUCCUAAAGGUCCUAAAAAGAAAACUGAGGAACCAGAAGAAUCUCAACCGGCACCUACGCCUGUAGUACCUGAACCUAGUACAGUCCUUCCGCCGCCACCGCAACAAGAGAAACCUGUUGUAGUUAAAGCAGUUGAAGUCGAACCAGAUUGUCCUAUAACCUCAGCUGAAAGCCCCGAAUCAAAUAGAACACCCAGAACCAGAAGAACUAGUACCGGAAGUACAGUGUCUGAUCAUAGUAACUUCAGUCAAGAUAUGGAUUCACCUCGGACCGGAAUAGACGAACGCAUGUCUUCCACGUACCCACUGUCGUACCCGUCUCCGAAAAUAACUGCAGCGCCACAAAAACCUUCACCGAAAACCGAGGACGUGCAGAAAAGUAUAAAUGUCGGAUUUUACCAAGACAUGACUAAAAGUAGUCCUGAGAAAAGUUGCAGUCCGCAAGAGCCAAAUAGACCCCAAGGAACCUUGCCGACGUCUGCAUCACAUCUGUACCCAUCGCAAAAUUCACCGAACCCUUUGCAAAGCUUUACAAAUCCGUAUUCUGGUUUAAUGAAUUAUGAUCGUGAGUCUUUGCCUUAUUACGAUUACAAAGCUUCGAGUAUGGUUCCUGAAAAUAAUGCGGACUACGUGUCUUUAAGUCCGAACAAUAGCAGUACCAAGUCUUUUGGUCAACCCAAUUCUCCAUACGGACCACAGAGCGGAGGUCCUUAUAAUAAACACAUGCCGAAUAACCAGCAAGUUAUGUUGGGACCUAAUAGUCCGUUCAGUUAUUCCAGUCAGAGUUCUCCGUAUUCUAAUAGUGAUUUGAGUUCACCUUACGGGACUCCACAACCCAACUCGCCCUAUUCCCAACAGACUUCGAGUCCAAACCCGAACCAACAAGCGCCGGCUCCUAGCUCGUAUCCGAUGAAGAAACGAGGAUUUAACGAUGGGAAGUUGAGUCCCACAAAUAAUACCAAGAUAGGAAUCACCCAGGAGGUAAAGCAGAAAGAAACUCCGGCAAGUGAUGUGGAAAACGUCAGUAAAACAUCUGUUCUGAUGCAAAGUUCGCCGUCAGGUGAAUUGAUCAACAUGGGUUAUUCAAAACCAGACGACAAACCCCCGCAGAGCAUCGAGGACAAGCCAACGAUUUUUAGAGACGACAAACAACAACCGUUUGCUCUCGACAAAGCCAAAAAGAUCGAUUUUGAUGAUAAUCUAAAAAGCAGAACUGGUGAUGAGUUUACCAAAAACUUUAGCAAACCUCUAACCAACAAACCUACAUAUUUAUUCGAUAUGCCGACCAAUAUGGGCUUUCCUCAUUCUAUCAUCCCUUCGACAAAUUAUCCACCGCAGAAUAUACCGGAAAGACCUGCAGAAGUUUUGAAUAUGAAUUAUGCAAACGUUCAGAAUCAGAAGACAUUGCCUAAACAAGAUGACAUGGAAGCGAUAAAUUAUAAACAAAAGCAUUUGCAAGCAACAAAUAAAGUUGUAGAGAACUUGCACAAGGUUCAACCCGUAUUUCCUGAAGCAUAUGGUAAAGCUUUGCCUAGACCUGGUUUGGAGAUAAGCGAGCCGACAAGAAAGUCAGCAGUGGUACUGAACAGUGCACCGGACACAAAAUUACAAAUGCCGACAAAUGAUUUUAUGAGUUAUUCCUCAAGAAAUUUAAAUAUUCCUGGCAUAAACUUGAAUAUUCCUCAGUGCAAUACUAACAUACAUUUACUUAACUCGAUUCCAAACAUGGACAAUAGGGUGCCACCAAAUGCCCAUAUCGGUUUACCUUUAAAUCAGCCUCCAAUGCAUGCAAGGACUUACGACCUUCACAACACUAAUAACAGCUUAGCCAACCAAAACUACAAGUUCUCCGCAAAUUCACCGAAUAUGCUAGAUCCGUCGUUAAGAAAAUUGACGAAUAUGCCUCAAGGUAUAAGACAUUUCAUGGAAAACUCUUCACCGAAUUACUAUGAAGCAUCAAAAGCUACGCAACAGUUACAACCACAGAACGCGCAUGCGGCAACCAUGUCCACGAUGCAAACAAUGUUGCAGCAUUCUCAAACCAUGUCCAUGGCUUAUAAUAGACAACAAGCGAUGAACAGUCAGUGUUCUGUGAUCAGUGACAAUGCUAAACCAGUUGUACAAACCGAGACCAAGAGAAAAUCGAGUAAAAAGAAGACGGCAGUGUCUGGCGAACCAGGGGAUUUAGUGUCAACACAGCAACAAGGUUUCCAGACUUACGCCAGUGUCAAAACUGGUACAGGCGUUGUAAAGCCUGAUGGUAUGAAACAAACCAAGAAUCCUUUAGGCUCUGCGUUUAAUUUCGGACCAGGACAGCCGGGUUUGAACCUAACCCCCGGUUUAUACAACACGAAUGAAAGUUAUUUGGAUAACAGUAAUCCUUAUUAUCUACCGCACCGGAGUUCUUCUUCGGACCAAGACAAACCUGUAAAUCCAUCUGUAAGCCAAUUCCAGUACUUGAGCAGCCCUGCUGCACGAACAGGAGACUACCCCUACAUAGGAACCCCUUCAGGAAGCCAUUUGGUGGAUUCGUCGGCCCCAAUUUAUCAGCAGUACCUCCAAAGCCAAGAUCUCCUACGACAACAGACAAAUGCUCAGAUGAUGCUCAACCAGGGUUUGAUAUCGAACCCAGCUGCUGCGUAUGCAUCACCGCGAUACCAUGCGGCCUUGGGCAUGAGACAGACUUAUGAUCCAAUGAAUCCGAGACCACCUUGGUUGUAAGUUGAUGAGAAUGAGGGAUAAUAGGGUUUGCCAAAGAUUCAAAAACAAAGGCACUCGUUUGUUUCUUUUACUGCUCUCUGUGUUUAUUAAUAGAGUUACAUAUACUUAUAUUAAUUUUAAUUGAAAUUAUUUUAUAAAGUGAUUUUUACUGUGCACAUAAGUAAAAAUAUAUGCACGAAAACUUUUAAUAUUUUAUAUUAGGUAAUUAUAUAUACAA